GGGCACUGGAGUGCGGACGGCGGGGCGCAGAUCGCCGGGACCUCCCUCCGUCCAACCCGUGGCCUUUGACAGAACACCCCGUCCCCCAAGGCUCGGCUCGGCUCGGCUCCCCGCUGCGGCCAGGCCAGGCCAGGCCAGUCGGUACAGGAAGGGAGGAUGGGUGUUCAUGGCAACUCGCACCACAGCUUGCAAUUUGUGGAGGAAUCCGAGGAAGUGACCAUGGCGCUGGGGACAGCGUGGAAACAAAUGUCUUGGCUUUACUACCAGUACCUGUUGGUUACAGCACUAUAUAUGUUAGAGCCAUGGGAAAGGACCAUAUUCAACUCUCUAUUGAUAUCUAUUGUUGGAAUGGCCGUGUACACAGGUUAUGUUUUCAUGCCUCAACACAUUAUGGCAAUAUUACACUACUUUGAGAUUGUCCAAUGACCUGUCUUAAACCUGGAGCAAGGACCAGGAGAACACGAGGGAAAAAGAAAAAGAUCUCUAUUUAGUAAUUGCACCUUGGUAAUCAGUAAGAGCGCUGUUGAAGUUCAACUUGAAUGGAUUAUGAAAGUAGAAGCUUUUGGAGUGGCAAACCCAAAUAGAAUGGAGAGUAUUUCAUGGUUUUGUAUUUAUUGUUUCAAUAUACAUUCUUUCAACAUAAUGAGCUGCCCUUGUUGAUCUAGCUAUUGUAUUUACUGAUAACAGGACUUGCCUUUUUGACAGUGCCUAUUGCACUGUGAAUGCAUUAUUGUAUCUUUAUAUAAAUGUCAUUAUAGUGUAACAUUCCAUAUGUAAUUCAAGUAUAUCUUGGACCUCAUUAAUUAAAUAUUUGGUAAAAUGCCACAUUUGAUAAUAUAUCAAGGGAUGAGGACUUACAUUUUUAACUUUUCUGAAUUUUUGGCACCUGGUUGGAAUUUCAUGAGAUGCAUAUAUUGAAGUAUCAUUUUUUAAUACCAUUUAAAAAUGCCCACCUGUCAAAACUUGUAUAGAUGUCAUAUUUUUGGUGUCCUGAAAUUAAAUAUAAAAUUAUUAUGACGA